CGCCAUUGCAUAUCCCAGAUUCACUUAGGCAAAAACCCUUCCAAGGGAACAUUUUCGAUGAAAAAUGGUGUUUCUAAAAAAUGCUAUUCAUGAUGCAUACAAGAAGAUUGAGCGAGAGGAAUCGCUAAUCAUGGGAGCAAAAUCAAUGGUAGCAUCAACCAAAAAUCCGGAAGUAAAAAAACGGUUAGAAACAAACAUUGCUGUAUCGGAGAACAAUAUCACUUAUUUACAAGAGAGAAUCCAAUCCUUAAAGCUCGAUCAGAAUGGGAAAGAUGACGCCUCUACAGAAGAAACUGACUCUUUGCAAAAGUACCCUUCCAAGCAGCAGGAUGGCAAAAAACAACUUUUACAUGAAAGUAGAAGCGCUUUUGAAGUACUCAGCUCGGAGAAGCCUUUAACUCCACAAAAGAUUUCCACAAUGCUACAGCACUUGCAAAUGCGGUUAUCUGUAGAGCAACAAUGUGUUUCUGGAAUUGAAAAGAUCUUACAUUUAUAUUCCAAAGAAAAGAAAGAUACCCGCGAUGUUUCUGUCAAGUUGAGAGAGGGUAAACAAAAAAUCAAUCUGUUGAAGCGAUCUUUGAAGCGCUACAACGAACUUCAUAUUCCCUUGAAUCAACCUAUCGCUGGACAGGAUGAUCAUCCGUUUCAAAUUGCUUUCCGUGGUUUAGCAAAGCCAGUUUCUGGUAGACUCCAAGUUACCAUUCAUUCCGUACGCAAUUUAGAACAUACUUCUUUUUUGCAGCAUAACUUAUCUCCUACAUUCUCUUACGCUGUAUGCUAUGUUGAUGAUACCCACGUUGCUCGUUCACGAAGCUCCCCGGGCGACCAAUGGGACGAGACGUUUACUUUCGACGUUCAUCGUGCGAAAGAAAUACAGCUUACUAUUUAUGAUCAAAAAAAAGAGUCUGACGUUCCUAUUGGAUUCCUUUUAGUUCCUGCUUCUUUAAUCGCCGAGGAAUUGCGUCGGAAGAGAAACUUACAUGAAAUGUCUGAAGCCAAUUGGAAGCCAAGUUUGGCGGAUCAAAAUGCCUAUAAUAACACUUCAGCUCGUCCAACUACGGCUGCUUCUACGGCAUCUUUUCGAAAUUCUCUCUAUGAUCCUCUUGCUUCUUCACCGACGUCUGCCCCUUCAUCUUACACACUUUUAUCUCGUACAUGGCUUUCCCUUGAACCUGUAGGUCAAAUUUGCGUUUCUAUGUCAUUUUCGAAGAAAUUAACUAAACGGCAAUUUCUUGAGACUGGUUUGGGUCGUCAAGGUGCUAUUCGCCAAAAGAAAGAUGAAGUUGUCGCAGGUCAUUUAGGGCACCAGUUUAUUCAAAAACAAUUUUAUCAAAUCAUGCGUUGUGCUGUUUGUGGAGAACUUUUCUCUUAUUCUCCUGGUCUACAAUGUGAGAAUUGUAGUUUUGUAUGCCAUAAAAAGUGCUUACACAAGAUCCUUGCAGGUUGCAUAGCUUUAUCCAAUGCAGAAAAAGCUGAUUUUGGUCGUCUCAAAUACCAAAUUCCCCAUAGGUUCGAACCACUAUCAUCGUUAGGAGCUCAUUGGUGUGCUCACUGUGGUUUCUUUUUACCUUUGCGACGAAAAGAUUGCUUUAGGUGUGAAGAAUGCAAUUUAACAUGCCAUGGGCAAUGUGCCCAUUUAGUCCCAGAUUUUUGUGGGAUGUCGAAUGAUUUGAAAAACCAACUUUUGGCGGGGCUCGAUGUCAACAAUAAAUUAUCGAGGGAAAAACAGGGAGUUAGCAAGCAAGAUACAAGGUCAUCUAAUGAACAUUUACCUACGAUAUCCCAGGGCCUUAUGGCAGCUACCAAGCCUGUUACUACUAUAUUGAACGCCUCUCCUGUUACUACACCUGAUGAACCUUUUAAAGAAACAAAAGGAAUGAGCGCACCCUCCCCUUGUCAUCUAACUCCUACACCUCCGUCUAGCACUUCAACUACAGCGGAAAGUACAGGAAAACUUUCGCCCAGUCCUCGCAGAGAGAAGAAAAAGCGCAUUACUUUAGACGAUUUUACUUUUAUUGCUGUACUCGGUAAAGGUAAUUUUGGUAAAGUUAUGCUUGCUGAGUAUAAACCAACUAAGAAACACUAUGCCAUAAAAGUAUUGAAAAAAGAGUUUAUUUUGAAAAACGAAGAACUAGAAAGUUUACGUACUGAAAAACAUGUUUUUGACGUCGCAAACAGAGAAAAGCAUCCUUUUCUAUUGAACAUGUUUGCUAGUUUUCAAACUAGUACUCGUGUUUAUUUCGUAAUGGAGUACAUUCAGGGUGGUGAUCUGAUGGUUCACGUUCAGAGACAGCAAUUUAGUGUGAAAAGGGCGAGGUUCUACGGUGCUGAGGUUUGCUUAGCUUUGAAAUACUUCCACGAAAACGGUAUUGCAUAUCGUGACUUAAAGCUAGAUAAUAUCCUUCUAUGCUCCAACGGACAUAUUAAGAUUGCUGAUUAUGGUCUAUGUAAAGAAAACAUGUCUCCUGGUAACACUACUUCAACCUUUUGUGGCACUCCGGAGUUUAUGGCUCCUGAAAUCCUCUUGGAACAGCAAUAUACAAAAAAUGUAGAUUGGUGGGCGUUCGGUGUUCUUAUGUAUCAAAUGCUGUUAGGUCAGUCUCCCUUUAAAGGAGAAGAUGAAGAAGAAAUUUUUGAUGCUAUUUUAACGGAUGAGCCAUUGUUUCCUAUCAAUAUGCCGGCAGAUGCUGUUUCGCUAUUACGAGGGCUUUUAACUCGCGAUCCUGAAAAGAGAUUAGGAAGUGGCCCAACUGAUGCCCUUGAGGUUAUGAAUCACCCAUUUUUUGCCACUAUUAUCUGGUCUGAUCUUUAUUACUUAAAGUAUGAUCCUGUUUAUAAACCAGUAGCAAGUGAUAUCCAUGAUUUGAAUAACUUUGAUGAAGAAUUUACCAGUGCUGCACCAAAUCUAACACCGGUGAACACUGUGUUGACGAGACAACAGCAGGAAUGUUUCCGUGGAUUCUCUAGCAUGGCAGAUGUAGAUGCUUAGGAUCGAUUCUUUUUCUUUUUGUUAUUUUUGUUUAUGUUAUACGCAUGGAGUUUUGUGAAGGUUGAUAUAGAUAUUACAUUAUUGCUUUUCUGUCCAUCUCUCCCUCUCCUUGUCUCCCUGUCUCUCUCUCUAUCUCUCUUUCUCUUUUUUCUUCAUUAUUCCAUGAGUUAAUAGACCUAUUUAGCUAAGUUAUUGUUGCCUUAUUUUUAUAUUAGACGGAAUGAUGAAAAUUUAUGAUACCUAUGAAUUAUGAAGUCUUUCUAUACGAAAAAAAGUACUUAACCUUUCUUCUUGAAUAUUUAGAAAAUGCUUUCUGAAAACGGAAUUUCAAAUUUUUUAAUUCAGCAUAAGAUUGUUCAGUCCUCCUUUUUUUUAAAAACAUUUUUCUUGUUUUUUUUUCUUUUUUUUUGCUAUAAGAAAGUUCAAUCAAAUCGAG